AUGACUAAAUCAAUGCAAUUCCGUUCAGUUCUAAAGAGCUUCGUCGCCAUCGAACAAGAAGAAGGUGUCGGCGCACACGUAAGAAGAUCUAUUGGGUCCAUGAAACAAAGAAAUUUCUCUCCAUUUUUAUUAAUGGAUAACUUCACAGUAUCACAUCCUGCUGGGUUCCCAGAUCACCCACAUCACGGUCAAGAGACAAUCACAUAUGUUCUUAAGGGUAUGAUUGCUCAUGAAGAUUUCACUGGAUCCAGAGGUGUCUUGAGACCUGGUGAUCUGCAAUUUAUGACCGCAGGGAAGGCUAUAAUGCACUCCGAAAUCCCAGUGCAAAUGAACAAUGGUGAUGCUGGUAUUGGUAUUCAACUUUGGGUGGAUCUACCAAAGAAAUUGAAGAAUUGUGAACCUCGUUAUAGAAAUUUGAGAGCAACCGAGAUUCCUAUUGUCAAGCCAAAUGAUGAUCUAACUGUUAGAGUGGUUAGCGGGAAGUCAUAUGGUGUUGAAUCAGUUAAGGAUUUGGCAUAUACUCCAAUUGACUAUUAUUUCAUGAAUACCAAGAAGACUGGCACCGAAUUUGUUCAAGAAUUCCCUGCAGAUUUCAAUGUUUUCCUAUAUAUUAUCAAGGGGUCCGUUAAGAUUAACGAUACAGUCCAUCCACAAUACUCUACCAUUUUUUUCAAGACAGAUGGUGAUGCCAUUAAGGGUUGUUCGGCUUCUGAAGAUACUGAAUUUGUACUAGUAGGUGGCCAAAUUUUGGAUCAACCCAUCAUCCAACAUGGUCCUUUCGUCGAAUCAGAUAGGGAAAGUCUUUUGGAAGUGUUUAAGAACUACCAAUACUGUAUUAACGGGUUUGAAAGGGCUCGUGGAUGGAGAUCUCGCAUUGCCGAUGGUAUUCACGAAGAUGACGUUGAAGCAUUCGAAAAAUCUAAUCCAGAAUAA